AUGGCUGACACACACAGUAAUGUUAACGGCACGUCUGGUGGUGGUGGCAAACAGAACAUCCAGGGUGAAGAUGAGGCGGCAGAGGGCUGGGAACCUGACCCGUCGGGUAGAGGUAUCGCGGAGAUACCGGGGAAGCAUAACGAAGACGCGGGAUGUGAAGUGAAUUUCGAGCUGCUGAGCGUAGCUAAGCUGUACGGGGAGAAGAAGUACGCUGUGGCUCUGACAGAGGCUUACCGCGUCACCCAGCAACAUCCGGUCUGUAUUGACGGUUACAUCUGGUGUGGCAAAAUCCUCGUGAAGCUCGGGAGAUUUGAAGACGCCCUGAACGCCUACAGACGCGGGCUGGACAUUGAUCCGAACCACAAGACGAUUGUGACUGAUCUGAAGAAAAUGCAGACUGACAUCUUAGCAGCCCGAGAGACAGGGAGUAAGGAAGUGGAGGACGAUUACAACGCCUUAAAGUUGUGUUCCCAGGACCCCUACCCAGGGGAUGACGAGCUGCUACUUCUUGAGGCUGAAAUCAUAGACAAGAAGCGUCUGAACGACGUACCUGCUUUAACGGAUGAGACACCGUGUUUGGAAAAUAGGGGUGAGGCCGGGGCAUGGGCUCGGAAGCUGAGGAAGGACGGGGACACAGAGGCAGCGUUGGUGUGUUACGGUACAGCGCUACAAGUCGACCCUAACAACCCCGAACUAUGGAAAGAGAAGGCGGAGAUUCUGUUUGGUAGAGGACAGUAUAAGGAAGCGUUGCUAUGCUGUAAUGCUGUGGUACAAGGGAUGCGAACCGCUGAGGUAUGGAAGAUGGGAGGGAAGAUUCUGCGCGAGCUGGGAUUUCCGGUAACCGCAGAAUCCUGGUUACGAAAAGCUUCAAAACUGUCCACAGGAAAAGAUGAGGAGGCCGCCAUCUUGUUUCAGCAAGUUCGUGUGCAAAGGCUGUAUGGGCCACUGAUCAAUGGCUUCCCUAUCAAGGUGGAUUUCACGCAGUACGGUCGGGCCAUCCGGAGUUCCGGUGUCAUCCGCAAGGGAGAGAUGGUGUUCGCGGAUGCACCUCUUGUUCUAGCUCAAACUUUAGACUCUUUGAACAUUCCGGCAUGCAGUUACUGUGCCAAAAACCUGCUACGGCCAGAGGACUACUUCACCGACGGUGAGAUCGCGCGAGAUCCCGUGUUGAAGAAAGCCGUGCUGAGUUUUUGGCCCGAAGUAAAGAAGCUUCCGUGCGAGUUUUGUUGCCAUGAACUGUACUGCAGUGACAAAUGUCGUAAAGAGGCCUGGGUGCGACAUCACAGUAUUCUCUGCCCGACGAAAAACCAAGCGGCUGAGAAACUGUACGAGGUGUGUGAUCAGUAUACAGGCGCCGUCAGCGGGGCGAUGGGCGCUUGGUCGGGCGUGUGGAACGCCUCGUUCUCUCCUAUGGUCCUCGCGCGUAUUUGGGCAUCCAUUAUAUCUCAGGCCAAACAGCAGGCCAAGGAGGACGGCCUGCUCAGACCUACCAACGACCAUUGGUCAAAAGCGAUGUCUCCAUUCAGAAGGUUCAUCGCUUACGGGUCUUCCAGCAAUGCUAAGGUUAUACCAAAGAUGCACCAUAUAAUGGCUGAGGUGUUCCGCGACUGCGGCGACGGGCUCUCCUAUGACAUCACCCAGCGGGAGUUUGACGGUCGUUACUUUCAGGCCACCUGUAACGUCCAGGCCUUCUCUGAUCCCGAACCGCCUCUCAAAGUCUUCGUAGACAAAGUGAAAGCUACCUCUAAGGGGAAUUACAUCAUGGGGCUGCUGACCAAUGGUCAACCGGAAGCUGUGUUCGCCGGGAUGUUCUCGCUGCACGCCUGUAUCAAUCACUCCUGCGACAACAACGUGGAGAUCAUGGAUGCUAUGGUAGAGGGCGCUGUGGGAGUCAAGGUCAGAGCCAAGAAGCCGCUCAAGAAAGACGAAGAGCUGUUCACGACGUACAUCGACACACGUCUUUCACGUCGGGAACGCCGGGCUUGGCUACAUCGGGCAUACAACUUCUGGUGCAACUGCGACCGGUGCACGUAUGAAGGCGACGGGCCGGAGGCGUGCACCAACUGCGGCGCACCAGCUGAGAGCGACAAGAAACUGCCAACGUGCGGCAAGUGCCACAGGGCGUGGUACUGCAGCGGCAAAUGCCAGAAGGAGGCUUGGAAGAAAGGUCACAAGCGAAUCUGCAAGAACUGGAGCUGAUAUCCUGUAGCGGUAGCCACAACCCUGUGUGCCCUGCCCACGAACUCCCGUGUACCCUGUCUAAGAGCGAUCAUCUGUCCUGCCCAAGAACUUUUGUGUGCCCAGUCCAUGAGCUUCCCUGUACCUUGCCAGAGCUUCCGUGUGCCCAGCUCACGAGGCUUCUUCUCCAUCAACCUUCACAGAGCUGCAUUCCUUCUCUUGAACCACCUUGCUGCCAUUUACCCAAGCCUUUUCGCUUUGCCUAUUACCCAAAAUCAUCCAGCUUCAUCCAAGCAAGGGAGACCCGCUUAGUUUGGUGGUUGAUAGCAACCAUCUAGAGCGGAGGUCGCGAUUUUAACCUAACCGCGGAAGUCGUGUCGCCGCGGAAGACGCGAAGAUCACGGAAUGCUUGGGUCCUGCCUUUCCGUGCACGAAGGUCUCGCUCAUAAUUAGACGCCAUCAGCCACCACAGCACAACAUAAUACUGGUACCUUAACAUAUUAUCGCUGGGUUGUGUUCCAUUUAUGGAACUUGCAACAGGAGCACUCUUCCGCAACUAACUUCCUGGACGUAACUAUUGCUACACUGACGUGAUCCCAAAACCUGGUGAUCAAGGUUUCCAACAGAUCGCACACUUUAACUUGAAAAUUAAAUGGCUGACUUCAACCGGUCGGUCCAACGGGACAAUAUCUUUACUCGUGCCUACAGUUGAAAAUAGUUAUGUGCUUAACCUAAGCCCACGCUACUUCAACGGUUUUCCAAGACGGUCCCCAUUUCUUACCAAGGCAAUCAGCGUUAACGAAGACACCGACGCAGUUUUGACCAAGGUUCCCAGUGUAUAAAACUGAAGGCUCUCCAUGUUUCUCUUGACGUUCGUGUGUAACAGAUUUCUCAUUGCUUUCCUUUACAGUUGUGUCUACUCUAUACCUGCAAGCAUUCCAUUGGCUACCUUUUUAAGCAGAUUUCCCGACUCCAAACCCCUAACUGUGGCAAGCUCUUUCCAAAACCUACUUUCCAAACCAAGGCCCCCUGUGAGCACAAUGCCACGGUGUUUUCUAAGUAUCCCUGUUGUGAAUCAAAGUCCGUGUUUCAUCCAGACUCCACCGUUGACCAGAUACCAGUGUUCCCAACACUGAACCUAGUGUACCGUAUCUUGACAUCUCUAAGCAUUCA